ACCAACGCUUCUCUUCCUUUGUUUAUUUACAAUUGUUCCUUUUUUGAAAAUUUUUUAAUCAAAUAGAAGAAGGAUAUUUCGUUUGUGAUUUGGCACGUGUAUUGGGAAUACAUUAGAAAAAUGCUCAGUAAACUGAAGGAAUGUUUACUUUGCAUUUCACGAGAAAUGCGAUACAUCUAUAAAUAAGAUCGCUGUAUCUUUAAAAGUAUUUUUAAUAAAUAUAUUUCUUCAACAAGGAGAUGAGAACUUGACAUUAACGAUAACGAAACCACGCAUUUUUAUGGUUCUAUCGCUGACGCAAAUAAUCUUUUUUCGUACACGGCACAUAACAAAGCGGUUAAGCAGAUAGCAGUAGAUGAUUAUCCUUGAACUUGAGCUGUAUAAAUGUCUGUUGAGGAAACGAAGAAUGCGGAGUUACAGUAAUGCCUAAGUUAUAGUAAUGGCAUAUCGACUUGCUAUUUUUACAAUAUUUAUAUUACUUAGCAUAACAUUCGCUCUGUCUAUGAAAAAUCCAGGAAACUCGAAAAAGAAGAAAAUUAAUCCACCAAAAUUAAGUGAUAACAUUGAUAACAAUCCAUUUCUUCAAAAGGACAACAUAACUGUACCAACAAAGUAUGAAGGGAAUCCUUUUUUAUCAAAUCUUUUAAAGCCACAGUCAUCAUCCCCUAAUAAGGGUAGUGAAAAAAAUAAACAUGGGAACAAUAAAUCAUCUGAAAAUGUUACAGCAUCUGAAACUAAUUAUAUUACUAUUGCUGUUCAUAUCAAUAAUCCUUUCUUACAAGGUGACUCUAUAAUAAAUAACACUAGUAAUAUAAUUCCCUUAAACAAUUCAGAUGUUAAUAUACUUGUACCAAGUAAGGUAUUAGUCAAUGAAACUACAACUGAAAUAAAUACAUAUAUAGAUACCAGAACAAAGUCAGAAAUCAAGUGUGAAGAAUAUGGAAGACAAUUUUGGGGUACAGCAGAAGUGUUGUCUUUAGUGGGUUCAAAUCCAGAAUCAAUCAAAGUACCCAAUAAGAAAUGUAUGAAUGCAAAUCGACUUGUUGUUGGAGGUGUUGAUGCUUCUCGUGGUGAAUUUCCUCACAUGGUUGCUCUGGGUACAAAAACCAGAGAGGGUGCAUUUACUUUUACUUGUGGCGGUACUCUUAUUGCACCAGAAUGGGUACUCACUGCAGCACAUUGUACUUAUGGACCAAAAAGUCCAACAGAUGUUCGUAUCGGAUUCCAUAACUUAAAAGAUAAUAAUGAUGGUAUAACAACUACGAUUAACAAGAUAAUGCGUCAUCCAAGUUAUAAACCUCCUGCUAUGUAUGCAGAUAUAGCUCUUAUAAAAUUAAAUACCUCUAUUACGUUUAAUAAAGAAAUAAGACCUGCCUGUUUAUAUCAACUAUACGAUUCUGUACCUACUCAAGCAUGGGUUACUGGCUGGGGUGUAACCAAAUUUGAUGAUGAGGAACAAAGUGAUCAAUUACAAAAGGCUCUUCUUGAUAUCGUUGAUAACAUAGGGUGUGCAAUAAGACACAAUCAAUCAAUAGCAAUACCAUAUGGGAUUACACCAAGUAUGAUUUGUGCAGGAGAUCCUCGUGGUGGUUGGAACAAAGAUACUUGUCAAGGAGAUUCAGGAGGUCCAUUACAAAUAAUUCAUCCUCAAAAUUUAUGCCUUUUUCAAGUAAUAGGUAUUACUAGUUUUGGACAAGGUUGUGCACUUAUUGAUACACCUGGGGUAUACACAAGGGUUUCGCAUUAUCUUAACUGGAUCGAGGACACUGUGUGGUCAUGACUUGCAUUGUUUAAUAUCAAUGAACACCUUGCUUUGCAAAGAUAAAAAAUUUUAUUUUUUCAGCGAAUGAUUCGACUGAUGUAACCAUGAAAAAUUCAAAAUAUAUUUAAUGAUAAUACUAUUUAACAAUAUAAGCUAAACAUGACACAUAUUUGUAGAUGCGCUGAAAUUGUUGUUAUAUAUAUACGUAUUAGGUAUAAUUGAUAUUAUAAAUUUGAAAAACUGAUGUAAUUUUUACAUUGAUAUUUGUUAUUCGGGAUACGUUACAUCGUUUAAGGUAUGCAAAGUGAGAAUUAGAUGUAAUAUUGUAUCGUUACAGCGAUAUAGUUUGACUAAAAGAUUUUUAAAUCUGUAAGAGCGACUUUAUCAUGACUGUAAAAACCAAAUGCGAAUAUUGCCGUUUCUAGGCAUAAGAAUUAUACUCAAGAUAUUUUUGUAUCGUGAAUAGUUUUCCACGUAAGACCAUCUCCAUAUGGUCCGUGAUUUGAUGGAAAAAAUAUGUGCCACCAACUCCUAUUGUAAAAAAGAAGCAUUAAACAACAUUAAUUACAUUAAAA